GAUAAAAAGAGAAAAAAAGCAUUUGUCAGUUUGUCACUUUUACCAUUUUUUUUGCAAAUUGGGGGUGAAAUACAGAGAUAUUUAUUUUUCCGUUGCUAAUUUCGUAAAUAAUCGCCUUUAUGUGGUCUACUGGCGCUAUAUAUUUGUACAUUAAUAACUGUUAAAAUAAGUUACUUUGACUUGACCGCUUGUGUGUACCUAUUUUCUGAUGUGGCCCAAUCAUGUCGAUUCAAAUCGUUACUUCAUUAUCUAUCAGCUAAUUUCCUUUUGAGCAUUGUGUGUAUAAUUUUAAAGUGGUCUAUUUGUAGCAUAUGUAUUGAAGAUGGCAUACCAGACCCUCCUUCAAGAGUAUAUGCUAAUUCCACCCGUCACCAGGGCUUACACCACUGCAUGUGUUAUCACAACUUUAGCGGUACAAUUAGACUUGGUGUCCCCAUUCCAGCUGUAUUUCAACCCAAUCCUAAUUCUCAAGAAGUACCAGCUAUGGAGGCUGAUCACCACAUUCCUGUUCUUUGGGAACCUCGGGUUCAAUUUCUUCUUCAAUAUGAUAUUCACAUACCGAUACUGUAGGAUGCUGGAGGAAGGUUCCUUCAGAGGGAGGACGGCUGAUUUUGUCGUCAUGUUCAUCUUUGGUGGAGUGCUUAUGAUAUUAUGUGCAUUCUUCGUUAACUUGUUAUUUUUAGGUCAGGCAUUCACAAUCAUGAUUGUGUAUGUGUGGUCUCGGCGCAACGUGUUUGUACGAAUGAACUUCUUUGGUUUAAUGAAUUUCCAGGCUCCAUACCUACCUUGGGUACUGCUAGGCUUCUCAGUUCUACUUGGCAAUGCAAUAUCUGUGGACCUAGUGGGAAUGGCUAUUGGACACAUCUAUUUCUUCAUGGAAGAUGUCCUACCAAGGCAGAGGGGUGGACAAAAGUUAUUGAAAACUCCAAAGUUCCUGAAAAAGCUAUUCGAUCCGGCUCCCGAACCGGAAUACGUUCCUCUUCCCGAGUUAGCCAACAUCCGACCUGGGGGCUUCAACUGGCAACGCCGACCUGACCCGGUGGCGGAUGACGAUGACGACGAGCCCAGAUAAGAUCUCAAUCGUGUACAUACAAGGGAUAUUUCUUGGGGUGUCCAUGGACCAUACAACUUUGAUUUCUUUUGUAUUACUGUAAAACUAAACAGCCUACUACUGGGCAUCUCUCUUCAAUUGUUUCUGAAUCAGACAGGUCAGAACAUAAUAUUAUUCUCCACCACACUGAUAUCAGCAGAUUAUUAUUUUUUUAACUAAAGGCGGUUGUGAUUGACUUGGUUUAGUAAUUUCCAAGGAUUUUUAAACAACUAUCGUGUUGGCGAUUAUAAGUUUAUAUAAACUUAUAAAUAACAAACCAAAGUUUGUUUGACAGUUCAAAACUAGCGCUAUCUCUUACUUAUACUAAGCGUAGUAAAGGACGGCACUAUUUUCACAGCUGUAAAACUAAAAUAGAAUUGGGUCUUCACUGCCAAAACCGACACGAUUUUACGAUUACAUAGUCCCAUAUUUUGUAAACAAACUAAUGGAGAUGUCAUAAUCAUGUGAUAAUUGAAUUAUCUUUCUUGCCAGAGUGUUGUCCUUUUAUUAGAAGUCAUCAGUCACACACGUUCGUCGCAUUAUAAUAACACGUCACGUCGCACGGAACAACCACUUUUGUUGUUUUAGAAUUUGUAAAGCUAUCGAAAUAAGGUAGGAUUGAUUAUAAAAAUGGGGCGACAUUGACUAUUUUGACAAGAUUUUUGGUGGUUAGUAUUCCGAAAUUACAACCUAAUAUCUUAUAUUUAAAUAAAAGAAUGCUUGUUUUGUAUUAUAUUGUAACAGUUACAACAUUGGAACAGUUGUAACAUUUUCUAAUAAAGUGGAAUAGUUUUAAAAGUUUACGUCUACAGUAGUGACGUAAAUGCAACAGUGUGGUGGAAUGUUAAUGCCACUAACUAGUUUAUCAAUUUUUAUGGCCCGUGGACAUGAAGUGUAACGUGCAUUUGAAAGCAAGCCAAACUAUUCUCUAAGACUCAACAUUUUCUAUUAUCCGUCGCGUAAUGGAGAUAACCUUCAUUUGACUGGGUGUUGUUUCAUAUCUGUAUAAAGUACUGAAUAGCCUUCAGUUCUGUAAAAUUGUACAAAACUCAGUGUGAAUAGUUAAUAUUUCGUCGCAAUAGUGAAUUGAUAUUGAUAUGUAUUUGCGUAAUUUAAGGUGUAUAGAUAGGGGUUUGUUAUUUGUGAAUAUAAUUAGUAAAUAUAUCAAUUAUUCUGUA